AUGGCUCCCUCGACGCUUGACCUGCUGGUACUGACGUUCAAUUGUGCCAAAAACCUCAUCAGCCCCGGCAUCUUUGCCUCCCACCUGCAGUCGGCAUUUGCGCAGAACGCAACGGGACUGCCCGACCUCGUCGUCCUCUCUCUGCAGGAGAUCGCGCCGCUAAGCCAGGCCUUUAUCGGCGACUACUUCCUCAACCCCUACUUUGCGCGCUUCGACGAGGCCGUCAACCUCGCCGCGAUACGCGACCGACAGUACAAGCUGAUCAAGGCACACAACGUCGGUUACACGGCCAUUAUGCUCUUUGCCAAAGACCCUGCGCGCCUACGAGACCUCAGAGAAGCCGAGGUGGGCUUCGGGGCGGCCGACAUGGGGAACAAGGGCGCCGUGGGGCUGAGAGCACUGUAUCAAGUGGGCGACGGAGAGCGGUCGACGGAGCUGACCUUUGUGGCGACGCACCUGGCCGCCAUGGAGUGGAAUCUGCCGCGGCGCAAUGCCAACUGGGCGGCCAUCAUGCGUGGCCUGACCUUUGAGAACCCCGAGGAGGUGCUCGACAAGGUGCGGAGCAGCGAGGGAGCGUCAACGCCAGAGAGCUCCGAGGGCGAUGCCGCCCAGGAGCGACACCACCUGCUGCAGGACGAGCACCACAAACAGCACCUCGAGUUGCGGCGGCAGCUCCACGACAUUUCCGUCUUUAAGUCAUCCUCACACCUCUUUGUCGCCGGCGACCUCAACUACCGCAUCUCGACCACUUCACCGCCUCCCAACGCUGCCUUCCCGAGCCUCGAUCCGGAAUCCGAGCACCACUACCCGAACUUCUUUCCCUUAGACCAGCUGACGCGGGAGCGAGCUGCGGGGAGAACACUGCAUGGCCUGACGGAACACGAGGUGCGCUUCCCGCCGACGUACAAGUACAUUGCGCGGCCGCCGGUCGGCGGGCAGACAAAGGACGCCGAGGAGACGGAGGUGCGGUGGAAGUUUGCACCGCAUCGAUAUCCGAGCUGGACAGACAGGAUACUCUACCUCGACGUGCCCACGUGGGUCGGGUCACACGGCGACGCCCCACGCGUCAACGUGCGCGCCUACGACGCCAUGCCCGUGGUGCGGACCAGCGACCACCGGCCCGUCUUCUUGCGCGUCGAUGUCCCCUUGAUCUCGCCCGGCGAUCUGGCACCCCCGGCGUCACUGCAGAGCAACGAGACCGAUGCCGCAACGGACCCCCGCCUCCGGCUGCCGGUGGAAAUCGACCCUGAGGCCUGGGAGCGACGCAAGGCUGCCCGCCAAAAGGAGCAGCUCGUGGGGUGGAGUAUGUUCCUCUGGAGCACCAAGGAGGGAGCGUGGAUCCUGGCGACGUUGCUCUUGGCUGGUCUGGGUGGGUACUGGUAUUAUCAGACGGCCAAAUAG